AAGAUGGAGAUACAGGCAUUUUUUAUUGUUCUGCUGGUGGUUCUUCUGAUUCUUCACUUCCUGAAACAACUCUGGUCAAACAGGCACUAUCCUCCUGGACCUCUCCAGCUUCCUCUCAUUGGAGGCAUGUGGCGGAUUGGAGUGAAGCCUCGUGAUGAUACUUUGAUUAAGCUGGCAAAGCAAUAUGGAAAUAUUUACACCAUAUGGUUAGGACAUCUACCCUUUGUAGUGCUGUCUGGAUUCCAAGCAGUGAAAGAAGCGCUCAUUGACCACUCUGAAGAAUUAGAUGAGCGACCAGAGACUCCUUUCUUUAUGGAUAUAGCAAAAGGAAAGGGUAUUGUAUUAUCAAAUGGUCACACCUGGAGGCAACAGAGACGGUUUGGUGUAGUUUCUAUGCGGAAGCUGGGACUGGGGAAGAAAGGCAUGGAGCACCAAGUAGCAGAGGAGGCCCAUCAGCUCGUGGAGGUUUUUGCACGUUCAAAGGGACAACCACUUGACCCCUCCAUGCCCAUCACUAAUUCAGUCUCCAACGUGAUAUGUGCUGUGGCUUUUGGGCACCGGUUUGCUCUUGAAGAUGAAAGGUUUCAGAAGUUGAUGAAAGCCAUUGAAAUUUUCCUAAAAUUUCCCGGUAGCAUCUUACAUGCUCUUUAUGAAAUGUUCCCGUGGCUCAUGAAACAUCUCCCAGGGCCCCACAAGAACGCCUUGUCCUGCCUGGAGAUGGUGCGUUCAUUUGCAAAGGAGGAGAUAGAGAAGCAUAAGGAGAAUAUGUCUCUGCAUGAUCCACAGGAUCUCAUAGAUUUCUAUCUACUUCAGAUGGAGAAAAGCAAAAACAUCCCAGAGUCCACCUAUGAUGAAGAAAACUUGAUUCAGUGUAUUUCUGAGCUCUUUGUAGCAGGGUCGGACACAACCACCUGUUCUCUGAAAUGGGCACUUCUUCUCCUGGCAAGUCAUCCAGAUAUCCAAGAUAAAGUCCACAAGGAGAUAGAAGAUGUCAUAGGUUCUGCUCACUCAAUCAGCUAUCAAGAUAAGAAGAAACUGCCCUACACCAAUGCUGUGAUUCAUGAAAUGCAGCGCUUUAAAUAUGCCUUGCUUUUUGGGGUUAACAGGCAAUGCACAAAGGAUGUGAAGAUUCAUGGUUUUCUCAUUCCCAAGGGGACUGGUAUUUUUCCUGAUCUGCGCUCUGUUCUUCUUGAUCCGACACGAUGGGAUACACCUGCAGAGUUCAACCCAAAUCAUUUUUUGGACAAAAAUGGACAAUUUGUGGACAGAGAAGAAUAUCUGCCAUUUGGUGCAGGGGCUCGCAUAUGUUUGGGAAUGCAGCUGGCAAAGAUCGAAAUCUUCAUCUUCCUGACCAGCUUGCUGAGAACAUUCAGCUUCCAGCUGCCAGAAGGAGCGAAAGAACUCAAUCAAGAGCCUUUACUAGGGGCUACAACACAUCCCCAUCCUUAUAAACUCUGUGCUAUUCCCCGUGGCAAUGCAAACCUCUGAUUUUGUUUAAAAGCACCAUUUUCCUCUCA